AUGGUUAGCGAACAAACCAUCAAGUCGGAUACCAUCUCCAACAUUACAGGCAAGGAGAAGGAACUCACAGGCAAGGACCGACCUGUCGCAGGCGGCCCCACAGCCCAGGCUCAGAAGCACUCCAAUAAACCCGUUACAUCGAACGUCAUCUCCGACAUCACUCAAGGCGAGAAGAAGAUAACAGGCCAAGACGAUCCCGUACCCGGAGGCCCUACAGCUUUCGCGCAAAGCGUUGCAUCGUUCAAGACUAAUCCGGUUCCUGAUCACUCAGGCCGACUAGACUCUCACACCAUUUCUGAGAUCACGAGUGUGGAGAAGGAGUUGACGGGCCAAGAUGAGCCGGUGAGAGGCGGACCCACGGCCAAAGCGCAGAGCCACGCCGGCGAGCCUAUCAACAGUCAGAACCUCCACGACAUUACUGAGGGCGAGAAGAAGAUUACGGGUGGCGAGCGCGUUAAGGGUGGUCCGACGGCCACGGCGCAGAGUGAGCUCGGCAAGAGCCGAUCUUAA